CUCCUGGUAGUCUGACUGAACUUCUGAGACCCCUUUUUUUCAGAGCCGACACAACACAAGCAAAAACUCCUGUUAGCGCACUGUGGCUAUUGGCAUUACUUAAGGUGCCCUGACUUAUUCCUGCUCUUUGGCUCACGGAAGACCGUGCUAUGUUGUAAUUUCUGUUUUCACCUCGCUCUGAGUUAGAGGCGGCUAUGAAGAAAUCGAGCAGAUGGUAAAGAGACUAAAACUGGUUGAAAAAAAAUGAACCGAAAAGACUAGACUGGCUUCCUUGGAAUUAAAAAGAGACUUUUAGCUUUUUUUCGAAAAUGUCGAAGUGUUUGUGAAAGGAGGCCGGAAAGAAAGGAGAGAGACAUGGACAUCGUGCCAAAGACGAAGUACAGCCACUUCCGCAACGAGUCCGUCAGUUCUCCGGACGAGUCCAAUUCUCCGUCCUCUCUGCCUCCCUCUGAGCCGCCCACCCCGCCUGGGAUGCCUCCCUCUGUAUCUUCCAGCUCCCUGGCGCCCAUGCUGCCACCCCCCUCCCCCCUCCCCGUGGAGAACAGCCCCACCACCCUCUGCUCCUUCUUCCCCAGGAUGGGGGCUCUCCGCCUGGGCGGGUCGGCCACUCCGCUCCCAGGCCUCAAGCCAACCUCCUCUGCCCCCCCCUUUGGGGGCCUCUCGGAGCCCGCGGCCGACGCCCUGCUCCCCCUAACCGCCCUCUCCUCUCCCCCGCCCUCGCAGGACAUGAGCCGGCUCGGGGGGGCGUCCAGGCGAGCGCGCGUGGAGGGCGGGCAGCUGGGGGGGGACGAAUGGACCCGGCACGGCUCCUUCGUCAACAAGCCCACCCGGGGGUGGCUGCACUCGGACAGCGUGGUCAGCACCACGGGGGUCUCCUACACCGUCAGGUAUAUGGGCUGUGUGGAGGUCCUCCAGUCAAUGAGAGCUCUGGACUUCAAUACUCGUACUCAGGUCACACGGGAAGCCAUAUCCGUGGUAUGUGAAGCAGUUCCUGGUGCCAAAGGAGCCCAGCGCAGGAGAAAGCCCUCCUCUCGCUGUCUGUCCUCUAUCCUGGGGAAGAGCAACCUGCAGUUCGCGGGCAUGACCAUCAACCUCACCGUCUCCACCAGCAGCCUCAACCUGCUGGCCGCUGACUGCAAACAGAUUAUCGCCAAUCAUCACAUGCAGUCCAUCUCAUUCGCCUCCGGAGGAGACCCAGACACGGCGGAGUACGUCGCGUAUGUAGCCAAAGAUCCCGUCAAUCAGAGAGCCUGCCACAUCCUGGAGUGCUCGGAGGGGCUGGCUCAGGACGUGAUCAGCACGAUCGGACAGGCCUUCGAGCUGCGCUUCAAACAGUACCUGAAGAACCCCCCCAAACUGGUCACGCCACACGACAGGAUGGCCCCCUUCGAUGGCUCAGCGUGGGAGGAAGAGGAGGAGGAGGCGGCGGCCCCCCCAGAUGUGCCGUACUACAACAACUUCCCUGGGAAGCAGCCGCCCCCGGGAGGGCUGGUGGACAUGAGGACUCGAGUGGGUCCGAGCACAGGGGCCACACUGCCCUUCGGACAGACUGGACAGACAGAUGGACACAAACAGCCGUUGCCACCCCUGCCAGUGGGCGUGAAGGACGGGGGGCGCCCUGACCUCUUUGACGACCCUUCCUACGUCAACGUGGACAAGCCCCGCGCUCCGGCCGCGGCGGCGGCGGCCAACGGGAACGCCCACAGGGACGCCUUCGACAUGAAGCCCUUCGAGGACGCCCUGCGCAACCCGGCGGCGCCCUCUGUGGCCGAACAGCUGCGCUGCGAGGUGUGGUUCCACGGGAGCCUGAGCCGGCGGGAGGCGGAGCGCCUGCUGCGCGCCGACGGGGACUUCCUGGUGCGGGAGAGCACCACCACCCCCGGGCAGUACGUCCUCACGGGGCUGCAGGCCGGGCACCCCAAGCACCUGCUGCUGGUGGACCCCGAGGGCGUGGUGCGCACCAAGGACCACCGGUUCGAGAGCGUCAGCCACCUGAUCAGCUAUCACAUGGACAAUCGCCUGCCCAUCGUGUCGGCGGGGAGCGAGGUGUGCCUUCAGCAGCCCGUGGAGCGUCGGCCUUAAGCGCCCGAGGGAGUCAACGUGGGUCGCUGCACAGAAGCCAAAAAUUCUCCCCGUCUCCUCCUGCCUGCCUUGUGCUGGGGGUCCACGUCGCCUUAAAGAAACUCGUUAUCACGAAAUCAGCCCCAAAACACUACUGCUUCCCAGAAAAGAACCUUAAACACCAAAGCCAUUGAGACCCCAAAAAUGGGCACUCCUGCUAUCCCCUUUCCACCCUGAUCCCUUGUAUUCACACAGCAGGUAGGAGGGGGUUCAAAACACCCCAGAGCACAUCCCAGGGGCAUUCAAGAGACCCCACCGUGCAUUUCGGCAGUAAAAUGAACCCCAGUCCCCACUUCCUGCUGGGGUAGGUGUCAGCUCAGUGACGGAGGGGAUGACCGCCCUAAGAGCAGUUUGGGGUACAUUGUAAAAAAAGUGCAGCUACAGCCAGCGCAGGAACUAUUCCGUUCCAAAGUGCUCCUCCGGUCCCAGCAUGUCCCACACCAGCCCGCGUCUCUGGACUUGCCUUAGUCCUUGGACACCCCAACAGAGCCUUACUGAAACAAUUUGGGGUUCAUAGACCCCCCCCCCCACCCUCUGCUCGGUGAAUUCCCAGGGCGUGUCUCAGCGGAAUGAGCUCUGCGCUAUGUGGACUGUAUGAAUUAAGCGAAGAGGGCACUCCAGGUUUCCUCCUGCCCUCCCGUGGGGUGUGUACCCCCUCGCUUUAUAGGGGUGCAGUAAUGGGGCACGCGCCCAGCGGCGUGAAGGUUUGAGAUCUCCAUCAGUAACCCUGGGACACCGCAGCUUCUGCACAUCCUUGGAAACGCCGGACGCAAAACCUCCUCGUGCUCCUGGAAACCUGGGAGGAGUGAGGGCGUCGGAAUGCAGGCUCGGCUGAAGCAGGAAACAUUCUGGAGUGAAUGUGUUGGAAAUCAUCCAGGGGGUGUUAUCCGGGGAUAAUAAAUAUUGGGGGGGGGGGGGAAGAGGGUGCUACAGCACAGUAUCUGCACCCCUCUCGGUUUGUCUUCAGGUUCCAGCUCCACCGGCAAGCGUAUCCCUGCCAGGCCAGAGGGUCAGGAUACAAUCCCUCCUACCCAGCAGUCUUCCCACAGACAUCGUAUCGGAGCCGUGUGUGUUCAAAAUAAAAUACACAGCUGCACUGGGAUUAAAGAUUCAGGGAUCAUCCCCCCCUGUCAAGCGGGUCACUGGGCAGCCCCCAGUGAAUCCUCAAUCAUCCAUAUCGGCAACCCCAAGAGGAGAAUUUCUGGGGGGUCCACAGCACCUUAGGGAGCGGUGUCUAUACCCAAAGACACGGAUUCUUGCCAAGCCGCCCUGUCCGUGACGAAGCAGAGGAUUGUGAGCCCUCAGGACAGCUCCAUAAUUAUUCCAACCUGGGGCAGAAACGGAGAGACUCAUUCUGCGCGCUGGCCUCCCAUACAGCCCGUAGAACUCGCCGCACCUUCUGAGCACAGCUGGGUAGCAGCCCUCCGGAUGAGGACUGUGGAAGGGAUGGGUGGAGGAAUUGGAGGGCGUGUUCGGUACUCGAUCCUGUCUUUGUUAGGAGGGGUUGGGGAGGUUUAUUAGUGAGAUUCUUCCUGGGAAGGGGAUGGUCUGUCUUUUGAGAGCCAUGUCAGCGACGGGAAGAAAUGGGAUUGUGAGGUGGCAGGGUCUUCGGUGAGGUUGACAGCUCAACAAAGGUGCUGCACUGUGCCAGUAGUCCUAGUGCAUUCUGGGAAUUGCGGUUUAUUGGUUGUUUUUUUCCUGUCCCUAUCCUGAUCGGUUUUCCCCUGGCCUCUCCCGCCAUGGAACCUUACCAUGAAUCUGGGUGUUCCCUUAUGGAUUCAUCUGUCGGAACAUCCUGCAGUGGCUUUGGCUUGGCUCCAGACUGUGGCUGCCUCUUCAGCCCGUGAUUUGGACUUUUGCCAUCUCUCCCUUAAUGGACCUACGCCACCCAUAAGCUUUUGGUUGGGCUGAUGGGAGCUGUAGUCCACUCCAGCUCUGGGAAUCAAGUCUUUGAAGUGGUCUAAAACUAACUUAUCUGAAGGACACCUUCUCAUGAGAGAUGUAGGUGGUCUGUGGGUCAGUCGUGUAUGGUGGGGGCCACAUGACGCUUGUGGAAGAGAAAGCCUUACACUGCCUGGCUUCUGAGCAAUCAGUCAAAGAAAACCACAGGAAAACCCAUCAAUCAAGACAAUCAGUAAUUAAAAUAAUCAUGAACAAUCCUUUAUAAACCCUUGUGCAAACACAUAUCGUAGGGAGAUAUGCAUAGAGUAUAAUAUAAAUGAUACAGUUUCAGUUUUGUGGUGUACAUGCAGUUUCUUAGAAACUGAGAGGAGAGAGGGAUGACAGAAACCACGGGACUUGACUCCUCUUCUCAGAUUUUGAAUUUUUCUUUUCUCUUAAUGUGCCUUUUGGGCCAGUAAUUUUUUAUGGCCCAACCCACCUCAUAUGCAAAUUAUUUUAACUUUAACAAAAUAUAUAUACAAGAUCUAGACAAAUGUUACAGCAUUGGGGGAGCUUCUUUUUAAUGGCUAUUGAGGUGCUGGGGGAGUGCCAGGAGGAAAAGGGGGAGGAGUCUGGAACACAGCUGGUGGCUCUUGGCCAAUCAUGCUGCUCUGUCCCACAGCUGGAGCCACCUCCCACUUCCUGUGUGGGCGGAACUUGAUUGGCGAUGCUCAAAACAGCCUUUACAACAAAGAACAGUUUUAGCACCAGACACACUAGGUCCAGUCCUCAGUCUGGUUCACCAGUUUACUCAAACUUAAUCCAGCAGCCCCUGCAUCUUUUCCAAAUGAUCAAUCCCGAUCCGUUGCAUUAUGCUCCCACUCUCCCAUCCCUCAAUAGCAGGUUUCUUGGCAGUCGUGCUGUGUGCAGAGUUGAACGUGUGUGAUUUUUUUAGAAUAUUGUCAGCUGUGUUAUGAAAAAGCGGGGACUGCUUCAGUCGCAACAGACUGGGAGGUGGGCAGCGCCCAGCUGCGGGGCUGGGUGAUGGGAUUGAAGAUAGAUACUUUAUUGAUCCCGUGAGGGAAAUUGCAGUGCAACAGCAGCUUAACACAGACAACACAGGAACAGUGU